AUGUCGUCUGCUUGUGGAAUUCUGCUUCUGUUUGCGACUGUCCUCGCUGAGCCGUCGGCACACUUGAACAACGGUGUUGACAACAGAGUGCACCUUCCACAACAGUGUGCCAUAGGAGCUGUAUCAUCAAGAUUCAGCUACAAUCCUUUAGCGGACGACGGGUAUGCGGUGUCUAUAGACUUCAGUAACAGUGUAACCCCGGCACUGCUGGGAGUUCCGUAUUGGGAGAGUUCAGAGUACGUCCUGUCGACGUUGCACUUUCAUGCUGGUAACGGCACAGGUCAUGGCUCAGAGCAUGUGGUGGACAACGUCGGCUACGAUGCAGAGCUUCACCUGGUCCAUUACAAGAGAGAGUACGGUACCGUGGCGGAGGCGGUCAAGCGACAUGAUGGUCUCGCUGUGGUUGGAAUCUUCCUGAAGGUGUCACAUCUGUCCCCCAAUGCUGAACUGAACCGACUCAUCCGUGUUUGCGGACUGGCUGGAGGCAAUAAGCGGCCGUUCUCGGUGGAUCCCCGUCAACUCUUUCCCUGGCAGAAGGACUUCUAUGCAUACCAUGGCUCUCUGACCACGCCCCCCUGUUCCGAGUCUGUGCGCUGGAUCGUGAUGAAGGACCCGAUAUAUAUCACCCGUGACAAGCUGCUGAUACUCCAGAGUUCCCGGAUGUCAGACGGCAGUUACCUGGGGCAACACAGCAAUGUCAGGCCGGUGGUGCCGCGGGCCGGACGCCAAGUGGAGGCCAACUUUCACUGCUGA